AUGAAUGCUGCCGAGCUCCUGCAGAACACGCUCUCGCCUGGUAAGUUGCGCCCGCACUGCAGCGAAUGGCUUGUCUGAUCGAUCCUGACCUCACAUCCUAUCCUGAUUCUGCCAGACGCUGGUGUCCGUCAAAAUGCCGAGCACCAGCUGGAGGCUGCCGCACGCGACAACUAUGUGAGCCCCAGUGCGUCGAUGUGGCUGAGUGUUAGCGCAAGACUGACAUGCCUGGACUCGGCUUUCAACAGGGCGCAUACGUGGGCAUGCUCGCAGCUGAGCUCGCCAACGAAUCGACUGCUCCUCAUCUGCGCAAUGCCGCCGGUCUUGCGGUCAAGAAUGCGCUGACAGCCAGAGACGCAGCGAGGCAGGAGGAAUUCGCGAAUAGGUGGACUAGUCUGCCUGAAGAUGCUCGCUCGGACGUCAAGGCCAAGACAUUCAGCACGUUGAGCAGUCAGGAUGGCAGAGCUGGUUACUCGGCUGCUCAAGUCAUCGCUGCUAUCGCCGGUAUCGAAAUUCCUCGCGGGCUGUGGAAUGAGCUGAUUGGACAGUUGACCAAGGCAAUGGGAGAGACGGCAAACAACUUGUUGAGGCAGGCUGCUUUGCAGACAAUCGGUCUGACUUGCGAGGUCAUUGUGAGUUUGGCGUGUUUCAUCCCAAACUGCGCAGGGCGCUGAUGAUCAUUUCGCGAUCUUCUCGCAGUCGAGCUCCUCAAACCCAGAAGUGCUUGCUGCGCAAUCCAACGAGAUCCUCACAGCAGUGGUGCAAGGAGCCAGAAAGGAAGAGCCCUCUGUCGAAGUGCAGCUUGCCGCUAUUCAGGCGCUCUACAACUCUUUGGCCUUCGUCAAAGCCAACUUUGAGAGGGAAGGCGAGCGCAACUACAUCAUGCAAGUCAUCUGUGAGGCGACUCAGCAUUCCGAUAUCCGUAUCAAGGUAAAUGCCUUCGAGUGCUUGGUAGAAAUCAUGCAUCUAUACUACGACAAGAUGCGCUACUAUAUGGAGCAAGCUCUGUUCGGCGUGAGUCGAUCUCAGACUUGCGCGCCUAGCGCCCGCACACGGACACGUAGCUGACCCUUCGCCGCGAUGCCCCAAAGCUCACGGUUCUAGGCAUGCGGGAUCCCGAGCCCAGAGUGGCAAUGCAAGCAAUCGAGUUUUGGGCUACAGUUGCAGAGGAGGAGCUGGACUUGAUAAUGGAGGCAGAUGAGGUGGGUCGAUGCCUGAGACUGGGUCUGACCGCCUGACGUGACGACUUGCUCAUCCUAUCCUUCCCUGUUCCAGGCGCGAGAAUUUGGCGAAGAGCCGGAACGUCCUUGCCAUGGCUUUGCUCGCAUCGCAUUGCCAGAGAUUCUUCCGGUGCUUCUGGAGACUCUGCGAAACCAGGAAGAAGAUGCAGUCGACGACGACUGGACAGUGGCUAAAGCAGCCAGCGCGGCGGUCCAGGGUCUCUCCGACGCCACCACCGACGAAAUCGUUGCUUUGGUCAUACCCUUCAUCGAACAGAACAUCCAGAGCCCCGAGUGGAAUUCGCGCGAUGCCGCCGUCAUGUGCUUUGGUUGCAUUAUGUCCGGACCCAGCUUGGCCAGCUUGGCGCCUCUGGUCAAGCAAGCACUGCCGCAGAUCGUCCAGAUGCUCCACGACCCGAGUGAAUCGGUCAAGGACACUGCUUCAUGGACCUUGGGACGGAUCACUGAUCUUGGAUGCGGUGCUAUCGACUUGGACAACCAGCUUUCGAUCCUCGUGCAGGCUCUUGUGCAAGGACUGCAAGGCGAGCCGCGCGUCGCUACAAACUGCGCUUGGGCUUUGAUGAACCUUUGCGACCAGCUCGGCGGCGCGGCCAAGCUUACCCCGGAAGGCAACCCAGCUCCCACAGCCGUCAUCUCGCCCUUCUUCGAGGGCAUCAUCGGCACGCUCUUGGCUGCGUCUGACAGAUCUUCCAACGAGGCGAACGCUCGAUCGUCCGCUUACGAAGCUCUCAGUACAGCUGUCACAGGCUGCGCUCAGGACACUCUGCCGCACGUCAACAACGUCGCUGUCACAAUUCUCGAUCGACAGGGCAAACUCAACGCCAUGGCUUCUCAAUUGGUCGGCAUGGAUGAUCGCACCAGCUGGGCAGAGCUUCAGACAAACUUGUGCUCCGUGCUGCAAGCUCUCACGCGCAGACUUGGAAAAGACAUUCUUCCCUUGGGAGAUCAGAUCAUGGGCAGCCUCCUAACCACCGUUCAAGCAUGCGGCAGUCAGAGCGAGGCCCUCGAAGAUGUGUUCAUGGCCAUUGGCGCGUUCGCGACUGCGUCAGAGGCCGCCUUUGAGAAGUACCUGCCCUCGUUCAACCCCUUCCUCAUUAGCGCCUUGCAAGGACAUCAGGAUUUGCAGCUUUGCAAGACGGCCAUCGGUAUCGUUGGAGAUGUUUGUCGCGCGUUGGGACCUGCAUCCGCACAGUACGCCGAGCCUUACAUGGUCGCGCUCACGGAGAAUGUGCAAAGCCAGAGUCUUGCUCGGGACGUCAAGCCGGUUAUUCUGAGUACAUUCGGCGAUAUCGCCUUGGCUACGGGAUCCGGCUUUGCUCCUUUCUUGCCAAACACCAUGAUGACGCUCGCACAAGCUGCGCAGUCCUCGGUCCUUCCCGAGACACCUGUGAGUGGCGAACGCGGACAUGAGAGAGCCCGGGCAUCUUCCCUUGUGCUGACAUCGUUUCGCCUUUGGCAGACGGAUUGGGCCAUCGUCGAUUUCUUCACUGCUCUCAAAGAGGCUAUCGCUGACGCUUACUCCGGCAUCGUGGCUGGCGUCGUCGCCGACAGUCGAUGUAAGUGUGUCGUUUUGAGGAGCCUCUUCCUGCUAAACAAUGGCUUAUCCAUCCGUUCACUGCAACCACCGCAGCUGAUUUGCUUCAGCCUUACGUUGAGUCGAUUGUCACUUUCAUUGCCAGCGUUGCGCAGUCCUCGCAGGAUCGCACAGAGACGCUUCUGCGCUCAGCUAUCGGAUUGCUGGGUGAUGUAAGCGCUGCCUACCCAGGCGGAGAAUUGAAAACUCUGCUGCAGCAGGGUUGGGUAGCUGAAUUGAUCAGAGCAGGUAGAGGAAAGACGAUGGGACACGAAACUCGGAAGGUGGCUGCUUGGGCGAGAGAGCAGAUCAGGGCGGCCAGUGCCGGGGGCAGCUGA